GACCAACCAAACCGAAACCCACACACACCACAUUUCCCUCCCUCCAUUCAGUACGAGGUAGAGUUUACGGUACGGUGCGCUACCUCCCCACCUAUUCCUCCAACACCAAAGCGCACCUACCCACCAUUCUGCAGCAUCACAAACACGCACUCGUCAUGAUUUCUCUCUUCCUCACCGGGAUGAUAAUCCUUUCCUUCCUCCUAUUCCUCCGCCUCCUCUCAGUGACCCCGCCCAUAACCCGCACCCAGGGCCCCUCCCCCCCCUGUUCCCCUUCUACCAGAAAGCCGCACAUCCUCUACCUCCUCGGCUCGGGCGGGCACACCGCCGAAAUGCUCUCCCUAAUAUCCUCCCCUUGUCCCUCUGCCAGCUCCUCUCGCUACAAGCGCACAUACAUGAUAUCACGCGGCGACGCCCUCUCUGUAAAAAAAGCCGCUGCAUUCGAAUACGCCUCCACCUCCUCCCCGACCUCUUACGACAUCCUAGAGAUCCCCCGCGCACGGUUGGUCGGACAGAGCUGGCUGAGCACGCCGUGGACCUGCGCUGCGUGCUUGGCUGGCUGCGUUCGCGCUUUCGCGCGGGUUGGCUUUCCAGACGUGGUUGUUUGCAAUGGACCUGGAUCCGCGGUUGUGGUUGUUGGGGUUUGUUUUUUUUGUAAGCUCCUCGGACUUUGUAGGACGAGAAUUAUUUACGUAGAGUCGUUCGCACGGGUUCGCUCGUUGUCGCUGUCCGGGAGAUUGCUGUAUGUGUUUACGGAUAGGUUUAUUGUACAAUGGCCCGGGCUCGUGGAGAAGUACCGGAGAGCGGAGUAUCAUGGAAUACUCAUUUGAAGUGCUCUCUAUUUUUUUCUCUUUUUCUGAAUUUCUUUUAUCCGGAUUGAGUAUAGAUAUUCCUAGAAGGGUGCGGGUGGCGUUAUGGAUGCGGUUUAAGAUGAAGCAAAUUAUUUUAAUAGUUGGUACUAUCGUAGGAUUGCUAUAUUUUCGGACAGACCGUUAUUGUAAGGUACAUCGUUUUAUACUAAUAUGAACCCAAAGACUUCAUUUG